AUGGCUGCGGCCCCGAAAGUUACAUGCCUGUCAGGGCCAGAGGUAAAUGUGGUUACCAACCUGAACCUCAGUGUCUCCUCCGGACCCGCCCCCUACAACCAGACAGCACUGCGAACCCCACCGUAUUCCCCAGAGGCCACUGCGUUGUUCGCAAUGGCGAUCACCCUCAUGAUGAUCCUCACCAUUGUCGGCAACAUCCUGGUCAUCAUCGCAGUGCUGACCUCACGCUCGCUCCAUGGCCCGCAGAACCUUUUCCUGGUCUCCCUGGCCGCAGCCGACAUCUUAGUGGCUACCCUCAUCAUCCCCUUCUCAUUGGCCAAUGAGCUUCAGGGAUACUGGGCGUUCCGCUCACUGUGGUGUGAGAUCUACCUGGCGUUGGACGUCUUCUUCUGCACAUCCUCCAUUGCCCACCUGUGUGCCAUCUCAUUGGACCGCUACCUGUCCAUCUCCCAGCCCGUGUCCUAUGGCAUCCAACGGACGCCGGCACGCAUCAAGGCAGCCAUCGUGGUCGUCUGGCUUCUCUCGGCCGUCAUCUCCUUCCCUCCUCUCCUCUCCCUGGAUAAGAGCAAGGGAGGGGUGGAGGUGUGUGAGCUGAACAACGAGCGUUGGUAUAUUCUCUACUCCACCAUUGGAUCGUUCUUCGCCCCGUGUCUCAUCAUGAUAGGGGUCUACAUCAGGAUCUACCAGAUUGCCAAGCAACACACAAGAUGUCCACUAGGGGAGAAACCCAACCAUAACAAAACUCCUGGAAACACAUCUAGCAACCCCACAACCCACGCACCUGGACCUGUCAUCAUCCCCCAACCCAAGCAUCUCAGCCAACCACAGAACCGCAGAGGGGAGGGGGGGAAAGCAGAUGGACAAUCUACAGACGCCAUACCUCUGAAGAGUCUCCCUGUCUCCUCCCCCUUGUCACCUCCUCCCCAGAGUGAGACCCAGGUCAAGAGUCAUCCCCAACCCCAGACCUCUUUACCAACCCCUGUCCCCACCUCACCCCAGCCUACCUCACCCACUGUAGCUCUCUCCCUCACACUCCUCCCCCCAGAUAGCCAACAUGAGGAGACCCACAAACAGGAUGACAGACAGGAGGAGAAACAUAGAGACACCACCAAUGAUGACAGCUUCAGCUUCGAGGCAGAGACGAGGGGAAGAGGAAAGGGAGGGCGAUCGGGAGGGAACGGGACAGUUAAGAAUAAUGGAGGAUCAAAGUCUGGAGGAGCACCUCUCUCUUCUCUGACCUCUCACGAGUUAAAAAAGACUGUAGCCACACCCACCGGUACAGUGCUGGCCUCUGAUAGGCCGGUUAAGCCACAGGCCACACCCAUGUCUCGGCGCAAGGCCAUGGUGAACCGAGAGAAGCGCUUCACGUUUGUCCUGGCCGUGGUGAUUGGAGUGUUUGUCAUCUGUUGGUUCCCUUUCUUUUUCUCCUACUCGCUGAAGGCCAUCUUUCCUGAGACUUGCUUGGUCCCUGCUCCCCUCUUCACGUUCUUCUUCUGGAUUGGCUACUGCAACUCCUGUCUGAAUCCCGUCAUAUACACCAUCUUCAACCAGGACUUCAGGAAGGCCUUCAAGAAAAUCCUCUGUAAGGACAUCAAGUGGACAUUCUUCUAGAGUGGAUACAGAUGGUACAAUGAUUCUCUACACUGUACAUUGCUUGUUUUGCCACAUAAACUGAAAUUAGGCAAACUAUUAGAAUGUUAGCAACCAGGAAAUGGCGGAGCGAUUUCUGCAUAUUGCACCUUUAAGACAUUGUCAGCUAUACUCUGGUCAUCAUUUGAAAUGGCUAGCCAGCUAGCUAGCUAGCAACGAACCAAAACAUUGUUUAGAAAAUAGCUUUUAGUUCCCUGGCUUGCUAGCUUGACAUUUACUGAAGUCAUUUUUUAAACUGAUGGGUUUAUUGGUGAUACAAUAGAGAUAGUAUGCUAUUUGGAGUACCGGGCUGCUGAUGUCAUGCAGACGCUGUCAUUUUUUUUACAUACUUUAUCAUAAUGACAAACGACAAGUUUGAUGUUGGACGACAAUAGUAUGCUCAUGCUACAACAAUUUUUUACAGACAUGUCACUAGACUGACCGUAAACCAGCCCUUAGCCUACAUUUGAGCACCACUACAGAAGCUUUGCUAUUCAGCAUCUUCCCAAUGAUAUAGCCUACAUUAAUUUUUACAUUUGAGUCAUUUAGCAGACGCUCUUAUCCAGAGCGACUUACAGUUAGCGAGUGCAUACAUUAUUUAUUUUUUCAUACUGGCCCCCCGUGGGAAUCGAACCCACAACCCUGGCGUUGCAAGCGCCAUGCUCUACCAACUGAGCUACACAGGGCCCAUUAAUUGUUUGGCUACUUGAAGAGAACUAGGUCCUAUCCCUCGCAGCCUACCUCUUCCAAUGCAUUUUGGAAAAGUGUGCAUCAAAUUCUACUAGAUGAAGAGCCAGAAUGAGUAUAACAUCCUGGCAUUUAAAGGCUACUCAAUUUUCUAAAAUGGACAUACUAUAAAACGUUCUAUUUUCCCAUACUGAGAAUGUGUCAUACACGAUUGCAUUGUUUCCCGCUAUUUUUGAUUUUGAUAGCUCAUCCCCAUCUCUAAUUGAUCAACUGUUGUCAAAGCCAAGAUGAGUAUGCCAUCUGGGCAUUUCAUUUAAGUAUACUCGAUUUUCGAAAUGUCGCAUACUAUUAACUUUAUUUUAUAGCGUACUUAAAUGGCCUACUAUUUAGGACGUAAGUAUGGGUAUUCUGACACGGCCACUGUGUAGAGACACCAAGGGGACGUUUAUUCUAGAUUAUAAACUGGGUGGUUCAAGCCCUGAAUGCUGAUUGGCUGACAGCCAUAGUUUAUCAGACCGUAUACCACGGGUAUGACAAAACAUGUAUUUUUACUGCUCUAAUUACGUUGGUAACGACUUUAUAAUAGCAAUGAGGCACCUCGGGGGUUUGUGAUAUGGCCAAUAUACCACGGCUAAGGGCUGUGUCCAGGCACUCCGCAUUGUGUCAUGCAUAAGAACAGCCCUUAGCCGUGGUGUAUUGGCCAUAUACCACACCUCCUCGGGCCUUAUUGCUUAGGUAGAUACUUUGUAGAGACACACAGGGGACAUUCUUCUAGAGUAGAUACUGUGUAGAGACACAAAGGGGACGCUCUUCUAGAGUAGAUCAUGUAUAGAGACACCAAGGGGACGUUCUUCUAGAGUAGAUACUUUGUAGAGACACACAGGGGACGUUCUUCUAGAGUAGAUACUGUGUAGAGACACAAAGGGGAUGCUCUUCUAGAGUAGAUACUGUGUAGAGACACCAAGGGGACGUUCUUCUAGAGUAGAUACUGUGUAGAGACACCAAGGGGACAUUCUUUUGGAGUGGAUACUGUGUUAUCCUAGUCCCAGAUCUGUUUGUGCUUUUGCAAGCUAAACACUGUGUAGAGACACCAAGGAGACAUUCUUCUAGAGUAGAUACUGUGUAGAGACACCAAGGGGACUUACUGGAUAUAAUGUAAAGACAGAUUUUAGGUUACCUGUGCAGGGAACCACAGACAAACUUCUGAGUCUGUCCUUUGUUGAACGUUCUUUUUUGAUCUGAUAACAAAAUGCUGAACUCUGAAUUCUGGAAUAGAUGAACAUGCUCUGAUGUACACAUUGAGGGGCAGUGGAAGAGGAGGAAGGUGAUGCAAUCUGUCUGUGAGAAAGAAAACACCUUUACAGCUUGUUUAGCGAUCAGCACAAAACAGGGCCAUCAGUCAUGAGGACAUGUUGCUCAAAUGACAGUAUAACACUGCUCUUGUCGUUCCUCUGUAAGUCGCUCUGGAUAAGAGUGUCUGCAAAAUGACUCAAAUGUAAAUGUAUAAGGAAAGGAAGGCAACCAACUGAAGGUUGAUUCAGUUGGUUGUCUGGGUAACUGCUACCCACAGCCAUUACCUGUAGCCUUGUGACUGGCCACUAUCAACUACAAGGACACAAUGUGGGGAGAGUGUUCUAAGACAUGAUCACCUUGUACGGUCCACUUCAAUGACAGAGUGGGCAGGAGCAUGUGCAGUAGAAUGUGUUCCCAGAGUUCUCUGUGUUCGAGAACUUGUAGUGUGUGAAGGCAGUUUGUCCAGCUGUACGGCCUCAGUCAUAAACUCAUACACUAUGGAGGAUGUCUUUUAUAGGGAACUACCAGCUCUAAGGGUGUGUUGUUUUGAGUAUUAGUAUUAACCUUUAUGUUUUAAUAUAAGUAUGAAAUUAAUAUAAACACACGAAAAGUGGAAUAUGAAAUGUGUAUGGAAUGGGUUGUUGAUGUGACCAAGGCCUCAGUAAUGUAAUUAAUUGGGUUAGAGACAGUCUGCAGGGAGGGGUGGGUAUGGCAGAUGGGGUCUUCCCGGGGCAUACAUCUAUACAUCUACAUUCAUUUAGCUGCAUCUUUAAUGUUGUAUAACACACUUCCCAAGCACACUUCUAUGUUAUAACAAAUACACACCAUGUGAGUCAACAACAUUCUGUAUAGCCUCCUGUUAUCUAAGUCUAUUAGAUGGAAGCCUCCAGACUGCCAAGAGGUCUGGACCUUUAUGGCACAGGAGGUUGUGUGUGUGGGCCAUCUAAUCACAGGGUUGCUGGUUCAAUCCCCAUGCACUCCUGAAAUUCCCUCUGAGACUAGAUCCCUCGGGACCCAAUCCAAGGCCGCAUUUAGAGUAUGAGGUCAAGAUGAAGACUCGAUCACUUUGUGGUCCACUCAAGAACAGCAUUAGACCCAGUGAUGCUCCUCACUUUGAGGACUGUGUUUUUAUUCGUUUUGAACAUGAAUAAUUCCUGUUUAUUUCUAUUGUUCAGCUUUCUGUUUGUCUUCUCAUUGCAGUUUCAAGUUUCUAUUGUGUUGUGAUAGUUCCCUGUCUUCCUGUCUCUAUAGAUUGAAGCAAAAGUUGUGUGGUGUCUCUCUGAGCACAAAACACAGAAACGGAACAUCUUUGUGUGUGAUUCUAAGAACUUAUUCAAGGGCAGGAACAAAGGAAAAGGACAAUACAGAACCUUCAAUCUCUAUGGGUAACACGAACACACGCUCAAACAUGCAUAUGUGCGUAUGUGCGUGUGUGCAUGCUUGCAUACGUUCAUUCCUGUUGUCCUUCACUCUCUAUCCUUCUCCAGUCCUUGAAGGUGUUCUCCAGAGGAGGUGAUAGGGCUCAGGUCUGCUGGAGUUUCUAAAUCAAUUCUCUUUGAUUAAAGCAAAUAACCCUGUUACCAUGGUUAUCAAGGGGAAGUGCUACUUGGUGGUCCACUGUGACACACUUAAAUGUCACUCCACAUUACCGUGGAAACAAAUGGGGGAUAGAACAAGGUCUGGGAGCCUGGGACUGCCCUCUACAUACACACACACACACACGCGUGUGCCCAUGCACACAGGAAGAGCGUCAAAGUAUCUAUAUCUCUGAAUUCCAACAUAGAUCGAUCUCAAUCUACAGUAUUUGCAACGGUCUGUGUAAUUGAAUAGACAUUCUAAUUCAAAGCAAUGCAGGUACAGUGCGGAAAAAAAGUAUUUAGUCAGCCACCAAUUGUGCAAGUUCUCACACUUAAAAAGAUGAGAGGCCUGUAAUUUUCAUCAUAGGUACACGUCAACUAUGACAGACAAAUUGAGAAUAAAAAAUCCAGAAAAUCACAUUGUAGGAUUUGUAAUGAAUUUAUUUGCAAAUUAUGGUGGAAAAUAAGUAUUUGGUCACCUACAAAUAAGCAAGAUUUCUGGCUCUCACAGACCUGUAACUUCUUCUUUAAGAGGCUCCUCUGUCCUCCACUCGUUACCUGUAUUAAUGGCACCUGUUUGAACUUGUUAUCAGUAUAAAAGACACCUGUCCACAACCUCAAACAGUCACACUCCAAACUCCACUAUGCCCAAGACCAAAGAGCUGUCAAAGGACACCAGAAACAAAAUUGUAGACCUGCACCAGGCUGGGAAGACUGAAUCUGCAAUAGGCAAGCAGCUUGGUUUGAAGAAAUCAACUGUGGGAGCAAUUAUUAGGAAAUGGAAGACAUACAAGUCCACUGAUAAUCUCCCUCGAUCUGGGAGAUCUCACCCCGUGGGGUCAAAAUGAUCACAAGAACGGUGAGCAAAAAUCCCAGAACUACACGGGGGGACCUAGUGAAUGACCUGCAGAGCUGGGACCAAAGUAACAAAGCCUACCAUCAGUAACACACUACGCCGCCAGGGACUCAAAUCCUGCAGUGCCAGACGUGUCCCCCUGCUUAAGCCAGUACAUGUCCAGGCCCGUCUGAAGUUUGCUAGAGUGCAUUUGGAUGAUCCAGAAGAGGAUUGGGAGAAUGUCAUAUGGUCAGAUGAAACCAAAAUAUAACUUUUUUGUAAAAACUCAACUCGUCGUGUUUGGAGGACAAAGAAUGCUGAGUUGCAUCCAAAGAACACCAUACCUACAGUGAAGCAUGGGGGUGGAAACAUCAUGCUUUGGGGCUGUUUUUCUGCAAAGGGACCAGGACGACUGAUCCGUGUAAAGGAAAGAAUGAAUGGGGCCAUGUAUCGUGAGAUUUUGAGUGAAAACCUCCUUCCAUCAGCAAGGGCAUUGAAGAUGAAACGUGGCUGGGUCUUUCAGCAUUACAAUGAUCCCAAACACACCGCCCGGGCAACGAAGGAGUGGCUUCGUAAGAAGCAUUUCAAGGUCCUGGAGUGGCCUAGCCAGUCUCCAGAUCUCAACCCCAUAGAAAAUCUUUGGAGGGAGUUGAAAGUCCAUGUUGCCCAGCGAGAGCCCCAAAACAUCACUGCUCUAGAGGAGAUCUGCACGGAGGAAUGGGCCAAAAUACCAGAAACAGUGUGUGAAAACCUUGUGAAGACUUACAGAAAACGUUUGACCUGUGUCAUUGCCAACAAAGGGUAUAUAACAAAGUAUUGAGAACUUGUGUUAUUGACCAAAUACUUAUUUUCCACCAUAAUUUGCAAAUAAAUUCAUUAAAAAUCCUACAAUGUGAUUUUCUGGAUUUUCUUUUCUCAUUUUGUCUGUCAUAGUUGACGUGUACCUAUGAUGAAAAUUACAGGCCUCUCUCAUCUUUUUAAGUGGGAGAACUUGCACAAUUGGUGGCUGACUAAAUACUUUUUUCCCCCACUGUAUAUCCUUUCUAAGACUUACUUGCCAAUUCUAUGGGAAACCCACAUAAUAUUACCCAACCUCAGGUCAGAUCUUAAAGUAGCUGGUGUAAUAUCAUUAUUUACCAGAGCGUGUUAUAAAGGCUGGUGCCUCGGGCUAACGCUGUUGUCCAGGAUAUGUCAGGGGCUCUGUACGGCAGUUCUGAAAGGAAUACUUUGCUUUAUGUUGUUACCAGUCAAAAGUUUGGACACACCUACUCAUUCAAGGGUUUUUUCUUUAUUUUUACUAUUUUUUACAUUGUGGAAUAAUAGUGAAGACAUCAAAACUCUGAAAUAACACAUAUGGAUUCACGUAGCAACCAAAAAAGUGUUAAACAAAUAAAAAUAUAUUUUAUAUUUGAGAUUCUUCAAAUAGUCACCCUUUGCCUCGAUGACAGCUUUGCACACUCUUGGCCUUUUCUCAACCAGCUUCAUGAGGUAGUCACCUGGAAUGCAUUUCAAUUAACAGGUGUGCUUUCUUAAAAGUUAAUUUGUGGAAUUUCUUUCCUACUUAAUGCGUUUGAGCGAAUUAGUUGUGUUGUGACAAGGUAGGGGGGGGAGUAUACAGAAGAUAGCCCUAUUUGGUAAAAUACCAAGUCCAUAUUAUGGCAAGAACAGCUCAAAUAAGCAAAGAGAAAUGACAGUCCAUCAUUACUUUAAGACAUGAAGAUCAGUCAAUACGGAACAUUUCAAUAACUUAUAAAGUUUCUUCAAGUACAGUCGCAAAAACCAUCAAGCGUUAUGAUGAAACUGGCUCUCAUGAGGACCGCCACAGGAAUGGAAGACCCAGAGUUACCUCUGCUGCAGAGGAUAAGUUCAUUAGAGUUACCAGCCUCAGAAAUUGCAGCCCAAAUAUAUGCUUCACAGAGUUCAAGUAACAGACACAUCUGUUCAGAGGAGACUGUGUGCAUCAGGCCUUCAUGGUCGAAUUGCUGCAAAGAAACCACUACUAAAGUACACCAAUAAGAAGAAGAGACUUGCUUGGGCUAAGAAACAUGAGCAAUGGACAUUAGACCGGUGGAAAUUUGUAAAUUUGGUCUGGAGUCCAAAUUGGAGAUUUUUGGUUUCAACCGCCGUGUCUUUGUGAGACGCGGUGUGGGUGAACGGAUGAUCUCCGCAUGUGUUUUUCCCACCGUAAAGCAUGGAGGAGGAGGUGUUAUGGUGUGGGGGUGCUUUGCUGGUGACACUCUCUGUGAUGUAUUUAGAAUUCAAGGCACACUUAACCAGCAUUGCUACCACAGCAUUCUGCAGCGAUACGCCAUCACAUCUGGUUUGUGCUUAGUGGGACUAUCACUUGUUUUUCAACAGAACAAUGACCCAACACACCUCCAGGCUGUGUAUGGGCUAUUUUACCAAGAAGGAGAGUGAUGGAGUGCUGCAUCAGGUGACCUGGCCUCCACAAUCCCCCGACCUCAACCCAAUUGAGAUGGUUUGGGAUGAGUCGGACCGCAGAGUGAAGGAAAAGCAGCCAACAAGUGCUCAGCAUAUGUGGGAACUCCUUCAAGACUGUUGGAAAAUCAUUCCAGGUGAAGCUGGUUGAGAGAAUGCCAAGAGUGUGCAAAGCUGUGAUCAAGGCAAAGGGUGGCUAUUUGAAGAAUCUCAAAUAUAAAAUAUAUUUUGAUUUGUUUAACACUUUUUUGGUUACUACAUGAUUUCAUAUGUGUUAUUUCAUAGUUUUGAUGUCUUCACUAUUAUUCUACAAUUUAGAAAAUAUAAAAAAAUAAAGAAAAACCCUGGAAUGAGUAGGUGUGUCCAAACUUUUGACUGGUGCUGUAUUUCACAGACACACAAACAGACUCGUGCGAGUGCAGACACACACACACUCUUAUAUUUCUGCUGUUGUGUUGUGCUGUGUGGUCAGUCACGCUGUAUUGUGUCAUCCUCCGCUGAUCAUCUCUCAGGAAAGUACUGUGAUUGGGUUUGUUCAGCAGUUUUAAGGCCUGACUGCUUGUCAUUCAGUUCCAGCCCAGUGAUCACAGGACUCAAAGGUUGAGCAGUCAGAGAUGUGUCCACCACUGCGUUAUGUCAUACAAUGCUACUUUGCUCUACUGAUGAGACAGGCAGGUAUUGUUAGUGUAUAAGGGAAGAGGAGGACCUGGGCUUGAACCAGCAACCCUGUGGUUAUCACCUGUGCCAUAAAGGUCCAGACAUCUUUGCAGAGGUUAAAGUACACUACUGGAGGGACCACUAUAGCAUCCACUGUAGGACCAGGUUAGAGGCCAGGUUAGAAGUCAGGUUAUAAAUCAGGUUAGAGGCCAGGUUAGAGACCUGGUUAUAAAUCAGGUUAGAGGCCAGGUUAGAGUUCAGGUUAGAGACCAGGUUAUAAAUCAGGUUAGAGGCCAGGUUAGAGGUCAGGUUAGAGCCCAGGUUAUAAAUCAGGUUAGAGGCCAGGUUAGAGACCUGGUUAUAAAUCAGGUUAGAGGCCAGGUUAGAGUUCAGGUUAGAGACCAGGUUAUAAAUCAGGUUAGAGGCCAGGUUAGAGGUCAGGUUAGAGCCCAGGUUAUAAAUCAGGUUAGAGGCCAGGUUAGAGACCUGGUUAUAAAUCAGGUUAGAGGCCAGGUUAGAGGCCAGGUUAGAGACCAGGUUAUAAAUCAGGUUAGAGGCCAGGUUAGAGGUCAGGUUAGAGCCCAGGUUAUAAAUCAGGUUAGAGUUCAGGUUAGAGCCCAGGUUAUAAAUCAGGUUAGAGGCCAGUUUAGAGGUCAGGUUAGAGACCAAGUAGUCCGCAUCAGUAGUAUUGAGUGAACAGGAGGUAGCUCAGUACUGUAGCUCAGUGUAAGUACUGUAUUGAGUAUAGCAGGUUAAUGUAUCUCUGAGAGGUGGCUGACCCUCUUUAGACUGCACUGCCCAGAUACAGACUCCCACUAAGACUGGCCUGAGCUGAACCAGGGAGGUGUGUGUGAGCGUGUGUGUUUGUGUACGUGUUUCCUGUGUGUGGGUUGGAUCUUCUAUCCUUGUGGGGACCUAAAAUCCCCAAAAGUUCCCACAAGGGUAGUAAAACAAGGAAAAUUCUCCCUCAUGGGCAAAUUCCCCACGUCCCCAUGAGGACAAAGGCUAUUUUAAGUUUAGGGUUUAGAUUUAGGGUUAGGGUUACUAUUAGAGUUAGGGUUAAAAUUAGGGUAAGGGGGUUAGUGGUUGGGUUUAGGUUAGGGUUACAGGUUAAAGAUUAAGGUUAGGGUUAAGGUUAGGAUUUUGAAUGGAAAUUAAUUUUAGGUCCCCAUGAGGACAGAAGAACAUAACGUGUCUGUGUGCGUGUAUGUGUGUGCAUGAGCGAUAUGUUUUCAGUGCAGUGAAUUAUUAAUGAUGAACCCUGUGAUUGCUAACUGCUGAGAAUGAUUAAUCGAAAGAGUUCAGUGAGUGUUGAUAACUGACGUUUGAUUACAUUUACUACUGAGACAGCAUCUCUCCCACUGGGCGCAAACUGGUUGAAUCAACGUUGUUUCAACGUAACAUCAUAGAUUUCACCUGGAUUUACCUGGUCACUAUGUCAUGGAAAUAACAGGUGUUCUCAGUGUUUUGUAUACUCAGUGUAUAUAUGUUCCCAAUAAUGUAAUAGUCUUGUUUAAUAGCCACUAUAUUAUUGGGAACAUUUCUAGAUUAUCUUUAGUUUUUCAUGAGUGGAGCUACUACCAUACAGAUGUAGGGCUCUAUUUGAACAAACCUAAAGCAAUGGUCAAUCUAAGCGCUGGGCGGUCUUGAUGAAUAAACAAGUUGUGGGUGUGUCGAGGAUUAUAUAUAUUUUUUAACCUUUAUUUAACUAGGCAAGUCAGUAAAGAACAAAUUCUUAUUUACAAUGACUGCCUACCAAAAGGCAAAAGGCCUCCUGCGGGGACAAGGGUCUGGGAUUAAAAAAACAAUAAAUAUAUAAAUAAAUAUAGGACCAAACACACAUCACAACAAGAGAGACAACACAACACUACAUAAAGAGAGACCUAAGACAACAACAUAGCAUGGCAGCAACACACGAUAACACAGCAAGUUAGCAACCCAACAUGACAACAACAUGGUAGCAACACAACAUGGCAGCAGCACAACAUGGUAGUAGCACAAAACAUGGUACAAACAUUAUUGGGCACAGACAACAGCACAAAGGACAAGAAGGUAGAGACAACAAUACAUCACGCGAAGCAGCCACAACUUGGCCCCUCACUGGCCAAUCAGAAUGUGCUACAUGGCUGAAUAUGCCGUUGCUUCAAGUUCUGUAUUUACGGUAUUUAAUGUAUUGCAUUGGAAUCAAUUCCAAUUCCAAUGUUCAUUUUUUAUAGUUUUUUAAACAGCUUACAUAAACAAAAUAACAAAAUGUAGACCUAUCCCAUCUUUGCAAAAUAUGUUCACUUGAAACUGUUUGCAGUCCACAUUGUUCUUAGUAAUUGCAUGGCUUCAAUGUGGAAAUACACUAUAUAUACAAAAGUAUGUGGACACCCUUUCAAAUGAGUAGAUUCGUCUAUUUCAGCCACACCCGUUGCUGACAGGUGUAUAAAAUCGAGCACACCGCCAUGCAAUCUCAAUAGACAAACAUUGGCAGUGGAAUGGCCUUACUGAAGAGCUCAGUGACUUUCAACGUGGCACCGUCAUAGGAUGCCACCUUUCCAAUAAGUCAGUUUGUCGAAUGUAUGCCCUGCUAGAGCUACCCCGGUCAACUGUAAAUGCUGUUAUUGUGAAGUGGAAACGUCUAGGUGCAACAACGGCUCAGCCGUGAAGUGGUAGGCCACACAAGCUCACAGAAUGGGACUGCAACACUUACUAUUGGAAGCAAUGUCAGCACAAGAAGUGCUCAUUGGGAGAUUUGUGAAAUGGGUUUCCAUGGCCGAGCGGCCACACACAAGCCUAAGAUCACCAUGCGCAAUGCCAAGCAUCGCUGGAGUGGUGUAAAGGUUGCCACCAUUGGACUCUGGAGCAGCGUUCUCUGGAGUGAUGAAUCAUGCUUCACCAUCUGGCAGUCCGACGGACAAAUCUAGGUUUGGCAGAUGCCAGGAGAACACUACCUGCCCGAAUGCAUAGUGCGAACUGUUAAGUUUGGUGGAGGAGGAAUAAUGGUCUGGGGCUGUUUUUCAUGGUUUGGGCUAGGGCCCUUAGUUCCAGUGAAGGGAAAUAUUAACGCUACAGCAUACAAUGACAUUCUAGACAAUUCUAGAACUUUGUGGCAACAGUUUGGGGAAGGCCCUUUCCUGUUUCAGCAUGACAAUGCCCCCGUGCACAAAGAGAGGUCCAUACAGAAAUGGUUUGUGGAGAUCGGUGUAGAAGAACUUGACUGGCCUGCAAAGAGCCCUGACCUCAACCCCAUCAACCACCUUUGGGAUUAAGUGGAUAGCCGACUGUGAGCCAGGCCUAAUCGCCCAACAUCAGUGCCCAACUUCACUAAUGCUCUUGUGGCUGAAUGGAAGCAAGUCCCUGCAGCAACAUUCCAACAUUUAGUGGAAAGCCUAGCAGCAAAGUGGGGACAAAGUCCAUAUUAAUGCCAAUGAUUUUGGAAUGAGAUGUUCUGAAAUAAAAGAUCCCAAAAAUGUUCCAUACACACAAAAAGCUUAUUUCUCUCAAAUUUUGUGCACAAAUUUGUUUACAUCCCUGAUAGUGAUUAUUUCUCCUUUGCCAAGAUAAUCCAUCCACCUGACAGGUGUAGCAUAUCAAGAAGCCGAUUACAGUUUUUUCCAACUGCUUACACACAAAAUCUUUUCAUGUCACACGAUUUUUUAAACCUCUCACUCAAAGUGCAAAACUACACACCAAAUCUCCAAAACCAUAAGCUAUUUCUCAGCCUUUCAGUUGUCAAUUGCAUAAAACACUUUUUUUCAAAACACUACACACAAUUCUCUACCUAAAACACAAAAAUCUAACAGGAAGUGACUUGCUUUCCUUUUCCAAACACAACCAAUCAAAAUGCUACACUUAUUCACCAGGUCACACACACACACUCCUCACAUGUGCAAACACUAAUUGCUUAACUGAUCACUAACCAAUCACUGCUUUACUGUAGUAUAGGCCUAUAAAUAGGUCAAAGGUCAGAUUACCUGUUUUGAACAAUGGAUGCCAACAAUGGACAGAGAGCAAGAGGAGUAGGAGGGAGAGGCAGGGGACAACAACGAGGACAAAUUCAAAGACGAAGAGUUGGAGGAGAAGGAGAAGGAGGAGGAGGAGGAGGAGGAGGAGGAGGAGGAGGAGGAGGAGGAAGAAGAGGAAGAGGGCAAAGAAGAGAAGGAAGGAGAUCCAUCUCUGAUGAGAUUAGGGCAACACUUGUUGAUCAUGUGAUCAACCACAGUUUGACCAUGAGAGAGGCUGGACUGAGAGUCCAGCCCAACUUGAGUCGAUUUACAGUGGCGUCCAUAAUUCGAACCUUCAGAAAUGAGAACAGGAAUGCAACUAUCUAAUGACUAUUUUAUCAUUACAGUAAUGUACUGUAAAAUAUGUAUGACUGCAUAAACAUUUGUAACUCUAAGCCAUCCAUUUACUGCACUACAUUGAAUGAAUAAGGUUGGUUAUCAUGCUGUACUAAACAUUUUUGUACAUUGUUUACAGUUCCUAUGCUGAACACAUUUACAUUUUAGUCAUUUAGCAGACGCUCUUAUCCAGAGCAACUUACAGUUAGUGAAUACAUUUUUUUUUUUUUCAUACUGGCCCCCCAUGGGAAUCAAACCCACAACCCUGACGUUGCAAACACCAUGCUCUAUCAACUGAGCUAAAUCCCUGCCGGCCAUUCCCUCCCCUACCCUGGGCCAAUUGUGCGCCGCCCAUGAGUCUCCCAGUCGCGGCCGGCUGCAACAGAGCCUGGAUUCGAACCAGGAUCUCUAGUGGCACAGCUAGCACUGCGAUGCAGUGCCUUAGACCACUGCACCACUCAGGAGUACUGUGUUUGAAUUCUGUACAGAGUGGAAAGGCAAAGACGUCAUGGAGGACGAGGACGCUUGUUUACAAGAGACUGUAAUUAUAAAUAUGGCUUUGGCCAACAAUGCAAUUAGGAUUCGAAAGAUAAUAGAUCUGAAUAAUGACACUAUAUUUAACAACAUCAAUGCUGUAAGCCUGUCGACCAUACAACGCAUCCUCCAACGGCACCAAGUGACGAUGAAACAACUUUACAAGGUGCCAUUUGAGAGAAACUGACAGAGUCAAAAAUCUGCGACAUGACUUUGUAGCGGUAUGUAUGCAACACUACUUCCAGUACUUCAGACAUACCAUAUUUACUCAUCUGUAUAUCCUUUUGUCUGUUACAGAGAGUAUUGGAGAUGGAUGCCCAUGUAAUUCGCCAUUCAUUUAUUUAUGUGGAUGAGGUUGGCUUCAACCUCACCAAAACCAGGCGCUGCGGAAGAAAUGUGAUAGGACAGAGGGCAAUUACCAAUGUCCCUGGACAGCGUGGGGGUAAUAUAACUGGGUGUGCUGCCAUCACUCAAAACGGGGUCCUCCAUCACAAUGCCACACUGGGUCUGUACAACACCGGCCAUAUGCGCACUUUUCUGGAUGCAAUUUAUACAAUGCUUGUCCCUGAUCCAGAUCAGGAGCCUGCUAGAUUUGUGGUUAUAUGGGACGAUGUUAGAUUUCACCGGGCUGUUCUGGUCCAAAACUGGUUUGCCACCCAUCCACAAUUUGUAGUUUUGUACCUACCCCCCAUAUUCACCUUUUCUAAAUCCCAUAGAGGAAUUAUUCUCAGCCUGGCGCUGGAAAGUGUAUGAUCGCCAACCCUAUGCCCGCAUGCUGCUUCUCCAGGCAAUGGAGGACGCAUGUGGGGACAUAGAGGUUGCCUCUGUCCAAGUUUGGAUACGCCAUGCUAGGAGAUACAGUGGGGAAAAAAAGUAUUUAGUCAGCCACCAAUUGUGCAAGUUCUCCCACUUAAAAAGAUGAGAGAGGCCUGUCAUUUUCAUCAUAGGUACACGUCAACUAUGACAGACAAAUUGAGAUUUUCUUUCCCAGAAAAUCACAUUGUAGGAUUUAUAAUGAAUUUAUUUGCAAAUUAUGGUAGAAAAUAAGUAUUUGGUCACCUACAAACAAGCAAGAUUUCUGGCUCUCACAGACCUGUAACUUCUUCUUUAAGAGGCUCCUGUGUCCUCCACUCGUUACCUGUAUUAAUGGCACCUGUUUGAACUUGUUAUCAGUAUAAAAGACACCUGUCCACAACCUCAAACAGUCACACUCCAAACUCCACUAUGGCCAAGACCAAAGAGCUGUCAAAGGACACCAGAAACAAAAUUGUAGACCUGCACCAGGCUGGGAAGACUGAAUCUGCAAUAGGUAAGCAGCUUGGUUUGAAGAAAUCAACUGUGGGAGCAAUUAUUAGGAAAUGGAAGACAUACAAGACCACUGAUAAUCUCCCUCGAUCUGGGGCUCCACGCAAGAUCUCACUCCGUGGGGUCAAAAUGAUCACAAGAACGGUGAGCAAAAAUCCCAGAACCACACGGGGGGACCUAGUGAAUGACCUGCAGAGAGCUGGGACCAAAGUAACAAAGCCUACCAUCAGUAACACACUACGCCGCCAGGGACUCAAAUCCUGCAGUGCAAGACGUGUCCCCCUGCUUAAGCCAGUACAUGUCCAGGCCCGUCUGAAGUUUGCUAGACUGCAUUUGGAUGAUCCAGAAGAGGAUUGGGAGAAUGUCAUAUGGUCAGAUGAAACCAAAAUAUAACUUUUUGGUAAAAACUCAACUCGUCGUGUUUGGAGGACAAAGAAUGCUGAGUUGCAUCCAAAGAACAACAUACCUACUGUGAAGCAUGGGGGUGGAAACAUCAUGCUUUGGGGCUGUUUUUCUGCAAAGGGACCAGGACGACUGAUCUGUGUAAAGGAAAGAAUGAAUGGGGCCAUGUAUCGUGAGAUUUUGAGUGAAAACCUCCUUCCAUCAGCAAGGGCAUUGAAGAUGAAACGUGGCUGGGUCUUUCAGCAUGACAAUGAUCCCAAACACACCGCCCGGGCAACGAAGGAGUGGCUUCGUAAGAAGCAUUUCAAGGUCCUGGAGUGGCCUAGCCAGUCUCCAGAUCUCAACCCCAUAGAAAAUCUUUGGAGGGAGUUGAAAGUCCGUGUUGCCCAGCGACAGCCCCAAAACAUCACUGCUCUAGAGGAGAUCUGCAUGGAGGAAUGGGCCAAAAUACCAGCAACAGUGUGUGAAAACCUUGUGAAGACUUACAGAAAACGUUUGACCUGUGUCAUUGCCAACAAAGGGUAUAUAAGAAAGUAUUGAGAAACUUUUGUUAUUGACCAAAUACUUAUUUUCCACCAUAAUUUGCAAAUAAAUUCAUAAAAAAUCCUACAAUGUGAUUUUCUGGAUUUUUUUUCCUCAUUUUGUCUGUCAUAGUUGACGUGUACCUAUGAUGAAAAUUACAGGCCUCUCUCAUCUUUUUAAGUGGGAGAACUUGCACAAUUGGUGGCUGACUAAAUACUUUUUUCCCCCACUGUACUUCCCUCGAUGUUUGGCAAGAUAACUUAUCUUGUGAUGUGGACGAAGUAUUGUGGUGAUUUCCAAACGCUUGAAGGUACCACGUUCAUUUGUACAAACAAUAGAACGCAAGUAUAAACACCAUGGGACCACGCAGCCGUCAUACCGCUCAGGAAGGAGACGCGUUCUGUCUCCUAGAGAUGAACGUACUUUGGUGCGAAAAGUGCAAAUCAAUCCCAGAACAACAGCAAAGGACCUUGUGAAGAUGCUGGCUGAAACAGGUGCAAAAGUAUCUAUAUCCACAGUAAAACGAGUCCUAUAUCGACAUAACCUGAAAGGCCGCUCAGCAAGGAAGAAGCCACUGCUCCAAAACCGCCAUUAAAAAGUCAGACCACUGUUUGCAACUGUGCAUGUGGACAAAGAUCGUACUUUUUGUAGAAAUGUCCUCUGGUCUGAUGAAACAAAAACAGAACUGUUUGGCCAUAAUGACCAUCGUUAUGUUUGGAGGAAAAAGGGGGACCUCGCAAGCCAAAGAACACCAUCCCAACCGUGAAGCAUGGGGGUGGCAGCAUCAUGCUGUGGGGGUGCUUUGCUGCAGAAGAGACUGGUGCACUUCACAAAAUAGAUGGCAUCAUGAGGAAGGAAAAUGAUGUGGAUAUAUUGAAGCAACAUCUCAAGACAUCAGUCAGGAAGUUAAAGCUUGGUCGCAAAUGGGUCUUCCAAAUGGACAAUGACCCCAAGCAUACUUCCAAAGUUGUGGCAAAAUGGCUUAAGGACAACAAAGUCAAGGUAUUGGAGUGGCCAUCACAAAGUCCUGACCUCAAUCCUAUAGAACAUUUGUGGGCAGAACUGAAAAAGCGUGUGCGAGCAAGGAGGCCUACAAACCUGACUCAGUUACAUCAGCUCUGUAAGGAGGAAUGAGCCAAAAUUCACCCAAUUUAUUGUGGGAAGCUUGUGAAAGGCUACCCGAAACGUUUGACCCAAGUGAAACAAUUUAAAGGCAAUGCUACCAAAUACUAAUUGAGUGUAUGUCAACUUCUGACCCACUGGGAAUGUGAUGAAAGCAAUAAAAGCUGAAAUAAAUCAUUCUCUCUACUAUUAUUCUGACAUUUCACAUUCUUAAAAUAAAGCGGUGAUCCUAACUGACCUAAGACAGGGAAUAUUGACUAGGAUUAAAUGUCAGGAAUUGUGAAAAACUGAGUUUAAAUGUAUUUGGAUAAGGUGUAUGUAAACUUCCGACUUCAACUGUACAUAGCAUUCACACUAAUAUAGGGGCUAGGCCUACUGUAAAUUGCAUUAUGGCUGAUCAUGGACAUGCCAAACGUUGUCAAUAAGCUAGAUUAAAUUAAUUAUUGAUAAGGCCUAAAAGUGAGUGAAUAAUUUUUAUCAAAUUCUAAACAAAACGAAACAACAGCUUGUUUUAAAUAGCCUAUGUCUAAAUACACUUACAGGCACCAUCAUUGCUUCCUGUGGGCAUGUAAUAUUAAAACAACACAGACUAUGGAGGGUUUUACGUACAUCUAAACUUUUCACAAUAGCUGGACAAAGAUCCAAUAUAAAGAGAAAGGGAGAAUGUCCACGUUAUACUGCUCCCAAAUGUAAUGUUCUAUAUACAUGUUCGAACCAUCAUAUAGAUCACAUUCACACUUCUCCAGAAGUUGCAUUGCAUGCACGCCACGGAUGUUCUCACCAUAAAGCCAGGACAGUUAAUCAUUCUAAUACGUUAGUUUUUAAUUAAAUUAAAUGAAAAAUAAACAAUUGUUUCAGGAAAAUAACUUCUAAAUACAAGGUCCAUCUGUAUUCGCCAAGGUUCUCAUCUCUCCAUCUCUCGUUUCAUGAUGGGCAUGGACACAUGUAGCCUACAUCAUGGAGGGGGUUUUGCGCACGUCCAAAGCAUGGUUAAAAUAAUGUAGACCUGCCUACAAUACAUAGAUAAAAAGGUGUCAGCUCACUGUUUUGCUCCUCUCAAACUUAAAUUUUAAAACUAUUUUAAUAAAGCUUUGUGAUUAAGAUUUAUUUCCAAGCGGUCUCACAAGCCAAACCCUUUAUCAAUGGUCGUGACUAGCCUACUUGCUUACAUUGGGCAGGACAAAAAGAAAACAGCCUUCAUUGAGAGGAGGAUAGACUAUGCUUGGUUUUUAAUCAAAUAAAACGAAAUGGGGAUUUUUUUUUUUACUGUUUCAUGUUUCUAAAUACGAAGUAUACAGGCAUGAAUAGCACAUCUUGUUCCAAACUCUUAGAAAAUAAGGUGCUAUCUAGAACCCUUUGAAGAACCCUUUUUGGUUCCAGGUAAAAACCCUUUUGGGUUCCAUGUAGAACCCUUUCCACCCAAGGUUCUACAUGGAACUCAAAAGGGUUCUACCUGGAACCAAAAAUAGUUAUCCUAUUGGGACAGCCAAAGAACCCUUUUGGAACUUUUUUUUCUAAGAGUGCAUGCGCAUAUGGGCAGUGUGUGUCAUGGCUGGAUAGGCUGCGUUUCCGAUAUGAAAAUGAAUGCCAUAACCAAAUGUGUUACCUCCAAAACCAGCUUUUGAUUGGUCUCAAAUAUCCCUACCAGCGCUGCUUGAAAUUAGCACUUUGGAUCACGUUUCUAAGGACACACCUCAAAUAUUUCCACCCCGCCCAUCUGAGCACAAGCGAGCUGAUAUAAGCAUUGGUGUAAAGUACUUAAAUACAAAUACUUUUAAGUACUACUUAAGUCGUUUUUUGGGGUAUCUGUACUUUAAUUUACUAUUUAUAUUUUUGACAAAAUUUACUUUUACUCCACUAUAUUCCCAAAUAAAAUAAUGUACUUUAUACUCCAUACAUUUUCCCUCACACCCAAAAGUACUUGUUACAUUUUGAAUGCUUAACAGGACAGGAAAAUGGUCCAAUUCACGCAUUUAUCAAGAGAACAUCCCUGGUCAUCCUUACUGCCUCUGAUCUGGUGGACUCACUAAACACAAAUGCUUAGUUUGUAAAUUAUGUCUGAGUGUUGGAGUGUGCCCCUGGCUAUCCGUAAAUUAAAAAUAAAAUAAAAUUGUGCCAUCUGGUUUGCUUAAUACAGUGGCUUGCGAAAGUAUUCACCCCCCUUGACAUUUUUCCUAUUUUGUUGCCUUACAACCUGGAAUUAAAAUGGAUUUUUGGGGGGGUUGUAUCAUUUGAUUUACACAACAUGCCUACCACUUUGAAGAUACAAAAUAUUUUUUAUUGUGAAACAAACAAGAAAUAAGACAAAUAAACAGAACUUGAGCGUGCAUAACUAUUCACCCCCCACCUUUUGCAGCAAUUACAGCUGCAAGUCUCUUGGGGUAUGUCUCUAUAAGCUUGGCACAUCUAGCCACUGGGAUUUUUGCCCAUUCUUCAAGGCAAAACUGUUCCAGCUCCUUCAAGUUGGAUGGGUUCCGCUGGUGUACAGCAAUCUUUAAGUCAUACCACAGAUUGUCAAUUGGAUUGAGGUCUGGGUUUUGACUAGGCCAUUCCAAGACAUUUAAAUGUUUCCCCUUAAACCACUUGAGUGUUGCUUUAGCAGUAGGCUUAGUGUCAUUGUCCUGCUGGAAGGUGAACCUCUGUCCCAGUCUCAAAUCUCUGGAAGACUGAAACAGGUUUCCCUCAGAAUUUCCCUGUAUUUAGCGCCAUUGUGGUGUCGAGACAACGAUGCUGAUAUGCUGUGAUGACAAGAAAUCCGCUGACACUGUCCUUGAUUAUAAUGGUUUAUUACAUCAAAGAUUACAGUAUCAAUUUACAGACUCCUGCAGAAAUCUGGAGAACAACUAACCCAAUCUCAAAUAUGAUUAUUCUCUCCGUCCUUUGUUCAAAAACAUGGUAUUUAUAUCCUAUGUAACAUAAUAUGGCGUGAUUUUAAUAGACCAAUCCCUGGCCUCUACAUAGCAGACUCUCCACUGUUUUAGGGGGCCCCUAUAAUAAUGUUUUCCAGAUGUUUCCGCAAGCAGAGCCAAGUUCUGGAAUGUUCAGAUACUACACCAUCCAUCAUUCCUUCAAUUCUGACCAGUUUCCCAGUCCCUGCUAAUAAAAAACAUACCCAUAGCAUGAUGCUGCCACCACCAUGCUUCACUGUGGGGAUGGUGUUCUCGGGGUGAGAGGUGUUGGGUUUGGCCAGACAUAGCAUUUUCCUUGAUGGCCAAAAAGCUCAAUUUUAGUCUCAUCUGACUAGAGUACGUUCUUCCAUAUGUUUGGGGUGUCUCCCACAUGCCUUUUGGCGAACACCAAACGUGUUUGCUUAUUUUUUUCUUUAAGCAAUGGCUUCUUUCUGGCCACUCUUCCGUAAUGCCCAGCUCUGUUAAACAUAGGCAGGUUGAUGUUUAUUGUCAUGAAUCCUGCCCUGGAGGCAGAACUGAGCGUUUUCUGCUAGAUGGGCCAGCUGCAAAGUCAAAAGUGGCUAUAUUGUAGGAAUUCAUGAGGCAUGUGGUUCCAGGUAAUCUCACGUGUCAUCUAUGAGAAUCUGAUCCAUAACAUACAGAAAGAGCUAUACGUUGAUCCAUUAUUAUGGUUUGGAGCAGAAUAAAGAUUACUAUCACCCACGGCUGAUGUCAUGAAGAUCUUCAGGACAUUCCAUUUUACUGUGCUCUUGGUAGUCAGAGAGAGAGAGCAAAGAGAGAGCGAGCAGAGAGCGAGAGCAGAAAGGUAGAGCGAGUGAGAGAGAGAGAGCAGAGGUAGAGAGCAGAGCGAGAGAGAGCAAAGAGAGAGUGAGAGAGAGAGAGAGAGAGCAAAGAGAGAGAGAGAGCAAAGAGAGAGAGAGAGCAAAGAGAGAGAGCAAAGAGAGAGGGAAAGCAAAGAGAGAGAGAGAGCAAAGAGAGAGAGCAAAGAGAGAGAGAGAGAGUUUUGAGUUUUUAUAAAACCUUUAUUUUAUACUCAAGUGUUAACAUAAAUUAUGGCACACUGCCUUUUCAGAAAUGAAACAACAAAUGUAAUUCCUAAAUUAAAUAAAUUAAAUAAAAAUACAAAAGAGCAUAUACAUUCAACUCAUUUCAUCAACAAAAAAUAGUUUCCCCUCUUCCACAAAACAAACCGCUCCUUCGUAGGCCCACUUCUCUUCAAACAAUGGGAGAUCUUUUACCGCUGAGAAGAACUCAAAAUCCACUUUUAUUCUUGCUUUCACUAAUCCUUUAAAAACACAUCUUACAUCCUGCCCAUAUCCCGUUUCUAUCUUAUGUUUCCAUCUUAGCUUGUCCCAAAAUAAAAUGUAACAGUUGACAUUUUAUUUUCUGUUGCUUACUAUAUUGAAACCCCAAAAUAAAAACAGUGUUAUUGAAAAUCUCCCCUACAGCUUUAAACAAAGACUCCAGCAUUUCCAAUAUAGGUUUUAUCCUCUCACACUCCAUAAAACAGUGAAAAAUUGUUUCUCUUAUAUUACAAAAAGGACAUCCAUCUCCAACAUCUGAGUUAAUAACAGAUACAAAAGCAUUAACUGCAAUGAUGCCAUGCAAAACCCUCCAUUGCAUAUCCCCAGUACCCUUUUGUAACGGUGGCUUGUACAGUGCUCUCCACGCUGGCUUUACCUUGUCAUCAAUGCCCAAUUUUACCCUCCAUGGAGUGUCUUUUCUAUUUUUCAAUGUAUCUUUAUUCAACACCUUGACACACCCCAUAUAUAAGUCUUUCCCAUUCACCUCAUCCAAACCCACCUCUUCCAACUCUCUCAAAUCCAGUAAUAACGCCUUUCUUUCUGACUCUGGGAUAUUGGGUGUAAUCCCUAGUCUUGGAAAUGAGACGUUUUCAUCUUGUACCUUCUUCUUGUGACUAUUCAGCAUACCCCACUCUUCUGCUGACAGAGCCUUCCUGCAGCUUCCCAGCAGUUGUCCGACAAUCCUUUCCGAACUCACCAGAGCUGAACCCAAACGCCUCAAAAGUGUGCCAUAAGUAUUGAUGUUCAACUCGGUCAAAUGCCUUUUCCUGAUCAAUUGAAAUUAGACCAGCAUCCAAUCCAAUAGCCCUAGAGACGUCCAAAAAAUCACGAAUCAGAGAAAUGUUAUCCCCUAUCUGCCUGCCAGGACCACAGUAGGACUGGUCCGUAUGUAUGAUCUGCCCGAUCACCUCCCUCAGCCUGUUGGACAAAGCCUUUGACAGGAUCUUAUAAUCAGUGCACAAUAAAGCCACCGGCCUCCAGUUCUUCACCUCCCUAGGGUCACCCAAACUAUCAUUAACUACUGCUAGCCAAUCCUCUCCCAACAUAGCCCAAAAAGACUUUAAAAAGUCAACAGGAAGCCCAUCAAUGCCUGGUGCCCUUCCAUUUUCCAUGCCUUUUAAUGCAGUGUAUAACUCCUGCAAAGACAAUGGUUGCUCUAGCUCAACCUGAGCUUCUGCAGCCACCUGUGGGAGCCCAUCAAGGAACUGCUGUGUCACUGUUUUAUCCUCUUUGUACUCACACUUGUAGAGCUCAGCAUAGAACCCUACUGCACUCUUUCUAAUUUCACUAGGGCUAGUGAGCUCCUGUCCAACAGCUGAUUUGAGACAAUGAAUCAUUUUUCUUUGUCCAUUCUUUUUCUCUAAACCAAAGAAACAUUUGGAUGAGGCAUUCAUUUCAGAGAUUCCCUGAAAUGUACUUCUCACCAAUGCCCCCUGUGCUCUGACACCCAGCAGGUCUGCAAAUGCAGCUUUUUUCCUCUUGAGGGCCUGAGUAUGGCCUCGAUCUCCUGUGGUCUCAACCAACGUCAUGAGUUCCACUAUUUCAGUCUCUAGGGCUUUCAUUGAUCUAGUGAUAUCCUUGGUGACAUUCCUCGUGUAUUGAUGAAUCUGGAUUUUCCCUAUAUCCCACCACUGUUGAAGGGAUACAAAACUGGCCUUUUGAGACCUCCACCUCUCCCAGAAAAAACUAAAACAUUUCCUGAAGUGAGCAUCACUCAAUAAAGUUAUAUUAAAAUGCCAGUAUGCGCUUUUGGGUUUUACAUCGUUAAUGAACACCACCUCUGUUAUUAAACAAUGGUCAGAAAAUCCCACUGGGGUUAUCACACUUGAUCUACAGACCUGAGAUUGAUGCUCAAAAUAAUAAAACCUAUCUAACCUGGCCAUAGAGAUGGUGUUCUCUCACACAUGCGCCCAGGUGUACUGUCUCGUGCCUCCAUGUUGACUCCGCCAAAUAUCACACAGUUCAUGUGUUACAAUGAGGCGUUUUAAAAAAGUCCUAUUUGAGAAAUAUAUGAAAAAGGCUAUAUGAGGUUCUUUGUGAUUUCUAUCUAAAUCACUGACUGUGCAGUUAAAAUCCCCAGCAAUAAAUAAAUCAUCUUCAUUAUUACAUUUCUCAAUGGUAUUUGAUAAUGUCUCUAAAAAACAUACCCUCUCAACUGCCACCACUGGGGCAUAUACAUUUAUCAGACACAUAGUGAUGUUUUCAUACCUCGCUCUAACUUUUAAUAACGUCCCCUCAACUACCUCUUCAACCUCAUAUGACAAAGGCAAAAAUCCUUUGAGAACAAGAUGGCCACACCCCCACUUUUUGAGUUUUUAUGACUACACAAAAUCUGUUACAUUAUAAUCCUGCAUAUAUUUCUUCCCUUUUGUCAACUUCAGAAAUUGACGUACCUUCUCAAUCCCAUACCUCCUUUCCACCUAAUUUAUCUCACUAUUUUGUUGUGACGCAUCAGAUGACUCACUCUCGCUAUCCUCCCCAGAAGAAAACUCCACCAUCUCUACAACCUGUUUAUCUUCAACUGAUUUAUCAAUCUCUACCUUCCUCUUGGAAUUAGACCCUUCACCACCCCUUACAUUCUUCCUCUUACUCCUCGGUACUUUGAAAACAGCUGCUUCCUUUUCCAUUAUUUCAAUCUCCUCUUGACCUCCAAUUUCAUUUUCCAGCACCACCUCAGCAACGGCAGUCGCAAUCUCACCAACUUUUUCCCCUCCUUCUUUGUUCUGAUCUACCACAAUUGCCCUCCUAUCCACACUGCCUUCCUCUCCUACUUUUCCAACCACAUCUGCCCACCUUCUCCCUUCCCCUGCACCCUUAGCAUGUUCAUCCCUUCGCGGUGGUGCAUUAGCUGCACCAGCACUAGAGCUGCUACCAGAAUCUGCGCCCUCAUUCUCGGGACAAUUACGCACCAAAUGCCCCUCUCUUCCACAGCCAAAGCAUUUAAUUGAUUCGGUAGAAGCGUAGAAGACAUAAUCAAAUCCAUCAAUCUUAAAACUGAAUGCUAAAUUCAGUUCAUCAAUGUCCUUUAAAAAAAUAAAAUGCACUUGUCUCCUAUGAGACACGACAUGUUUCAGCAAUGGAGAUUUACAUCCAAAAAGAACCUUCUUUAUUGUUGAUACAAUUUGACCAUGACGAGAUAACUCUCGCUCCAACACUUCAUCUCUAACAAAUGGUGGCACGUUAGAAAGUAUAACUUUCUUCGCCGGAUUCAUAAACGAAAAUACCAGCGUCUGUGUCUCUUUGCAACACAACACCACUCUCAACUAUCUUAUUCACCUUUUCAAUGGAAUCUAAAAAUAUCACUACAGCGCUAUUCAUCCUUGAGGCUGAUUUGAUGCUAUCAUACCCAAUGAUAGCACCCACUGCCAAGCUACAUUCUUGAGCUGAACACCCGGCCGCAGCAGGAAUCUUUACUCCAUGUCGACGACUAAGUUUUUCAAACUCCCAACUUCCGCGAGUCGCCAUUGCAACCAGCCCCACCCGCUGGUUGUGCCCUCGCGAAAACCAAACUCAACGAUCCCACCACCCCUAUAUGUGCUUAGUGAUAGUUAGACAAGAUAACCUUAAAACAACUAAACUAAUCAAUGUAUUUAUAUAUAUAUAUAUAGAGUCUGGCCAGUCCUCUAAUUUAAUAUCAUGGGCAGGGCUAAUACUGUCAUACUCUUUGUAAAUUACCAUUUAUAUCAAUAGAACAUAUACACUGAGUACAUUAAGAACACCUGCUCUUUCCAUUACAUAGAUUGACCUGGUGAAUCCAGGUAAAAGCUAUGGUCCCUUAUUAAUGUCACUUGUUAAAUCCAGUUCAGUCAGUGCAAAUGAAGGGGAGGAGACAUGUUAAAGUAGGAUUUUUAAGCCUUGAGACAAUUGAGACAUGGAUUGUGUAUGUGUGCCAUUCAGAGGCUGAAUGGCCAAGACAAAAUAUUUAAGUGCCUUUGAAUGGGGUAUGAUAGCAGGUGCCAGGUGCACCGGUUUGUGUCAAGAACGUUUCUUGUGUGUAUCAAGAACGGUCCACCACCCAAAGGACAUCCAACCAACUUGACACAACUGUGGGAAGCAUUUGAGUCAACCUGGGCCAGCAUUCCUGUGGAACACUUUCAACACCUUGUAGAGUCCAUGCCCUGACAAAUUAAGGUUGUUCUGUGGCCAAAAGGGGGGGCUGUGAUUGACUUAUUUAGGGCCAGCAGUGUAAGUGUGUAUUUAGCCUUUGCUUCCAUGUUAAGGGAGGCAUAAAUAUCUCUCAAAUUUCAGGUGAUAUUUGAUCACAUCUAACUAAUAUUUACCACCACCUGACUAUAGCCAGGCUAGAUAUAGACCUGAUAUAGACCUGAUCUAUAUGCUGGUAACAUAAUUGAUUACAUAGACAAGAUGGCGCCGACAGACAUGAUCACAGUGUUUCUAGCUCCUGGCCAACUUUGCAGUAUUUAGUAUUUUUUAGUUAUUUCUCACAGUAUUUGCUCAGAAUGUUUCUUGCAUUAUUACAAUAACUUUGGGAUAUUAUAUCGGCGGUCCCUCACCAGCAUUUAAACCCGAAAUUUGAUGUUCCUGAAUUGGAUCCUUUGUUUGAACUCCCUGAGGCAAUUCCAUUCAUCUCAUGGGAGUCCAAGACGCCGUCGCCGGAGAAGAGGAAGAAGGAGUGGGCUUUUAAUCUGACUCAGGAUGCGUUCAUACCUUCCACCACUUCCGAGUGUACACGCUAAUGUUUAGUCCAUGGACAAUAAAGUAGCCGAGUUCAGACAAGUUGUUUGACGGAAUCAUUGCUCUUUCCGGACAUACUGUCCCAAUCCAUUCAGCCUGCAGGGUUCUACAUCCAUCGGGCAAACUGGAACCGCAUAACCUGAGGCAGCAUUUAUUGUAGCUGGGGACUUUAAUAAAGGAAAUCUGAGGAAAACGCUUCCAUUGUUUUAUCAAGACAUCUCCUGUGCUACUCGCUCAUCCAGCACUCUUGACCAUUGCUACUUCCCCUUCCAGGAGGCUACAAGGCCCUCCCCUGCCAUCCUUUUGACAAAUCAGAACACGCCUCCAUUUUGCUCCUCCCCUGCUAUAGGUAGAAACUUAAACAUGAAGUACCUGUGAUAAGGACUGGUUAACGUUGGUCUGACCAAUCGUAAUCUUUGCUUCAAGAAUGUUUUGAUCAUGUGGACUGGGAAAUGUUCCGGGUUGUCUCUGAGAAUAGUAUUGACGUAUACAUUGACUCAAUGAUUGAGUUAACCAGGAAGUGCAUAGAGGAUGUUGUUCCCACUGUCACAAUUAGAACUUAUCCAAACCAAAAACCCUGAAUUGAUCGCAGCAUUCGCACAAAACUGAAAGAGCGAAUCACUGCAUUUAACCACAGCAAGGUGACUGGGAACAUAGACGUGUACAAACAGACCAGCCAUGCCCUCCGUAAAGUAAUCAAACAGGCAAAACGACAGUACAGUGGACAAAGUGGAGUCGCAAUUCAACGGCUCCGACACGAGAUGUAUGUGGCAGGGAGUCCAGACAAUCUCAGAUUAUAUAAAGGGAAAGCCAGCCACGUCGUGGACACUGAUGCCUAGCUUCCGCACAAGCUAAACACCUUCUUUGCCCGCAUCGAAGAAAAUACAGUGCCGUCGAUGCGGACCACCGCCGCUCACGCGGACUGUGGGCUAUCGUUCUCCGUGUCUGACGUGAGUACGACAUUAAAGCGUGUUAACCCUCGCAAGGCUGCUGGCCCAGACGGCAUCCCAAGCUGUGUCCUCAGAGCAUGUGCAGACCAGCUGUCUGGAGUGUUUACGGACAUAUUCAAUCUCUCCCUAUCCCAGUCUGUUGUCCCCACUUGCUUCAAGAUGUCCACCAUUGUUCCUGUACCCAAGAAAGCGAAGAUAACUGAACUGAAUUACUAUCGCCCCGUAGCACUCACUUCUGUCAUCAGAAGUUUAAAUGUAAAUUACAUUUCCCAGCAUAGUUAAGGAUAAUAUCACCUCCACCUUACCUGACACCCUAGACCCACUACAAUUUGCAUACCGUCUCAACAGAUCUACGGAUGAUGCAAUCGCCAUUGCGCUGCACACUUCCCUAUCCCAUCUGGACAAGAGGAAUACCUAUGUAACAAUGCUGUCCCUUCAUGUUGGUUUAACACAGCUCCAAGGGCAUUGAAGCUUGCAUCUGUGGUCCAAAUAAAUGGCUCUGAGAAGUUAGGGUGCGCCAAGAUAGGCGCUCUGGUAAAUUUACCUUUGAGUUCGUCUAACGCCAGCAGACAGACCGCAUCCCAUCGGGACAAACUUUUGAUAAUAGCUCAUAAACCCCAAAGACUGGCGGACAUCAUGAGGGCAUUUGGGGGUGGGCCAGUCUCUUACCCCUCUGUUUUUUCCUUCAUCCACAUGGACACCCUCGGCUGAGAUUAUGUGUCCCAGGAACUACACAUCUUGCUUGAUAAGACAGAACUGGGGGCACAAUCUCUGAAGGCCUGCUUAACCCAGCCGCUCUGGCUCGUGGAUGCAAGUGUACACUAGGUAAAACACACCAGGUUUAGUGCUGACUGUGUGGAACUGUGUGGAACUGCACUGGGGCUUUCUAGGCUGAUAUUUAAUUCAAGGCAUGUUAUAGGGGAGCACACUGUACUAUACAGCCAACAAUGCACUUUUUAAAGGCAUUUUCCCAGAUGUUCGCGGAGACCGCAAUCAUGGUAAACGCUGUACAUGUCGAUUGAAGUGUUGAUUACUUUUAACACACCUUGGAUUGAAUCCAAUCGUCUUUCUCUGAAAGAAAUCUUGAACACAAUCGUGGUUUUCUCGAUCUUCUCCCUCAGUGAAUCUGAGCUCCUCAAUUGUGUGUCUGUCUCUCAGUGCUGUGUGUGGUUGCUGUGAUGUCUGUCUCCUACGUGGGCUGCCAUUAUGUUUCUGUUCCCUUGUCAUAGUGAAUUGUCCCUAUUGGGGUGGUGCAACUGUAGGAGCCUGAUGAGCCAUCAUGGGGCCUGUAUGACUUCUGCUACCUGGGAGCUAUACUGUCUCAGUUGCUCUUUAAGUGGUGUUAAGGUCCUUUGGUGCACAGUUAGAGCAGAUAAUCAUCUGAGUCCAGUGGAGGCUCCUCAGAGGAGUAAGGGGAGUACCAUCCUCCUCAGUGAAUUUCAUAAAAAUACAAAUUGUAAAACAUUGAAAAAGUUAUCCUUUUUAGAUAAAACUAUACUAAAUAUAUUCACGUCACCAAAUAAUUGAUUAAAACACACUGUUUUGCAAUGGUCUACAGUAGCCUCAAUAGCACUCUGUAGUGUAGCACCAUGGUGUAGCCGGAGGACAUCUAGCUUCUGUCCUCCUCUUGGUACAUUGACUCAAUACAAAACCUAGGAGGCUCAUGGUUCUUAGCCCCUUCCAUUGACUUACACAGUAAUUAUGACAACUUCCGGAGGACGUCCUCCAACCUAUGAGAGCUCUUGCAGCAUGAACUGACAUGUUAUCCACCCGAUCAAAGGAUCAGAGAAUGGAUCUAGUACUGAAAGCAUAAACUACAGCUAGCUAGCACUGCAGUGUAUAAAAUGUGGUGAGCAUUUGACUCAAAGAGAGAGAAAGACAAUAGUUGAACAGUUUUCAACAAAUUAAUUUCUUCAAAAAUGAAGGAGAAGCAAGACAGAGAGAGAGAGAUGUCAUCAUUUUUUAAAACUUUCAGUUUCACUUACUUAGCUAGCAAAUGCAGCUGGCUAGUUUAGUUACUCAAACACCUGGCUCAAACAGAGGGAUGCUAUGUUAGCUAGCUGUCUAUCCAACACAAGACUGGAACUCUUCCAAGUCAAGGUAAGCUUUUGGUUUUAUGAAUUUAUUGCCACCGGGUACCACCGGUGUAACUGCUUACUGACUAUACACUAACAUUACUGCAUGAUUGUAGCGGGUUUACUAACGCAUUAUUUAUAUUAGCUAUGUUGACUAGGACGCUACUUUAGCUAAUAUGGGGACAACGAUGUAGGCUGUGUGUAGUGGUUAUGACAUGGUUUGGCUUGGAAAGGUUUUUUCGCCUGGUCACAUACAGCUGAUUUGUUGUUCAUUGAAGUCCACAAACGAAGGGAAAAGGUGAGAGGAGGAGAAUGCAUAGAGGUGAGAAGGAAUACAACGUGGCUGCUAAAAAAGUGAAUGUGUUUAUGCGUGAUCAGUGGAGUAUUAUUUCCACCGAUUCUGUUGAAAAACUUUUCUUAAAAUGGAAGCAAACGAAACAGGGAUAAAAAUACCUGAAUAUGACCAAUAUAAACUCUUGUUUGCAACUGUUGGACUAAUGAUUACACCCUAGAUCAGCUAGAUGCAGGCAAGAGUGUGCAAGGCAGUAUUGAAUGUGUCACUGUCUGUCCAUGUGUCACUGUCUGUCAUCUCAAAUUUGUAUCUCGCCUUGUAUGCACCUAUGUUAUAAACUUUAAUUCAUAGGCUAGGUUGUAGCAAACUCAUGAUGGGUAUAGGGAAAAUGUGAGUAUCAUGUAGUAGCCUAAACCUAUCACUGUUACAUUGAACAGGGUGAAUGGAAUAUGAAUGACAGUCAUCCAACAUGCAGUAAUAUAAAUAAGGCCAUGCUCAUGGAAAGAAAAAUGGUCCUCCCUCAUCAUAAACGGCACUGACCGCCACUGUCUGAGUCUCAUUAGCGCUUCUCUCUUGCGUACAACCUUUUUGCCUGCUGUUUUCUGUUAUUCUCCUUCUCUAAAGGGGGUAGAGUGUUCAUUUCCUCCCAACACACACACAAACACACACACACACCACAAUGCAGGCCGCAUAAAUUAGAUUCCUAACAUUUCAACAGUGGCACUGGCGUCACCAUGUGAGAGGUAUAUAGUAGUUGUGUCUGCCACAGACCAUUACAGUCAUAGUUAUAGCUGCCUGUAAUAUAUACAGUGGUCAGUAGCUGUUUAGGUACGGACCCCUUAAGUCAUAGUUAUAGCUCAGAGAUAAAGUAUGAAGGAUGAACCCCCCCCACACACACACACACACACACAUACACACACACACACACUAUGGCACCGUAACCAUAUCAGGAUACAAGCAGUGCUCUGUGUUCUAUGUAACUGCACCACAUUCUUCAGUGAGUGUGUCAGGCUGGGGCUGGAGGAUUCUGAAUGUCGUGAUGGAGGCUGUGUGUGUGUUUGGAGGUUGUCGGAGUCUCGAAAUUAUUACUGCAUUACACACCUCACUGCACAGAACACACGCACACAUACACAUAUGCACACACUCACACACACAUACACACAGUUGCAACUGUGUGUGUGUGUGUAUGUGUGGGUGUGUGUGUGUGUGUGCACGUAUGUGUGUGUGUUGUGUUCUAUCUAUCUAUCUAUCUAUCUAUCUAUCUAUCUAUCUAUCUAUCUAUCUAUCUAUCUAUCUAUCUAUCUAUCUAUCUAUCUAUCUAUCUAUCUAUCUAUCUAUCUAUCUAUCUAUCUAUCUAUCUAUCUAUCUAUCUAUCUAUCUAUCUAUCUAUCUAUCUAUCUAUCUAUCUAUCUAUCUAUCUAUCUAUCUAUCUAUCUAUCUAUCUAUCUAUCUAUCUAUCUAUCUAUCUAUCUCAAUUCAAUAUACAUAUUGCCAAAGCUUACUUUCGAUAUUUAAAAUAUGACCAUAAUUAAAAUAAUAAUAAUCAAUAUUGUCAACGGGACAACAGUAACAACAAUAAUCAAGGGUCAAAAUAACCAUACAUUGAACAAUAACAAUAACAAUAAGCAUAGAGGACAUGUGCAGGUUGGUUGGUCUGUCAGACACUGUCCCUCAGCUUAUGGCAGGCAGCAAUGUAGUGCGCUGCCAACCCACAGCUCUCUGCAUCCUCCCCCAACAGGACGGGUAGCCUAUUCUCAUCAGAGAGGUCUUUGAAACCUUGAAAAACGGUUUCAAAUUUGGGGAAAUUACACUCUCUAAUUAUUUUAUAUUUUGUACAUUUUGUCAGGAAAUGCAGCUCUGUCUCGGGUUCUGCUGUGGUGCAGUGGUUGCUCAGCCUUUCUUCUACAGGGAGCCAGGUUUACCUGUGUCUACCCUUCUCAAUGGCAAGGCUGUGCUCACUGAGCCUGUACUUUGUCAAGGUUUUUCUAAGGUUUUGAUCAGUAACCAUGGUCAAUUAGUUAGCCACGGCGUACUGUCGAUUUAGGGCCAGAUAGCACAGCAUUUUACUUUGUGCUUGUGCUUGUGUUUCCCAAUAAGCAAUGUAGUUUUGUUUUGACUGUGUUGUAAUUUGGUUUAUUCUGAUUGAUUGGAUGUUCUGGUCCUGAGGCUGUAGUUUUUCUCUGGACAUGUAGGAGAAUCUUACAGAACUCUGCAUGCAGGGUUUCAAUGGGGUGUUUGUCCCAUUUGGUGAAAUCGCUGCCAUAAAGUGCAAUUGGUUCAAAAACACAUUCAAUUAGUUUUAGCCAAAUUGUAAUGGUGUGGAAUACCCUGCGUGCUUUCUCUCUCAGUUCAUUCACUGCAUCAUUAAGGUGUCCAGUUUAGCUUAUUUUUAAACCUAAGUAAUUGUAGUGUGUGCAGUACUCUAUAUAUUUUGUUCCAAUUGAGAACUUUGGUCUAAUUCCCUGAGAUCUGGAUCUUCUCUGGAAAAUCAUUAUUUUAGUAUUUUUGGGGUGCUGCCAGGGCCCAGGUCUGGCAGUACUGCUCUAGCAGGUCCAGGCUCUGCUGUAGGCCAUGUGCUGUGGGUGACAGCAGGCAUAGGUCAUCUGCGAAGAGCAGGCAUUUAACCUCUGAAUUGUGGAGACUAACACCAGGGGCUGAGGAUUUUCCUAGAAUAGUGGCCAAUUCGUUGAUGUAAAUAUUGAAGAGUGCAGGGCUCAGAUUGCAACCCUGGUGAAUGACCCUCCCCUGGUUUAAGACUUCUGUUAUUUUCUUGCCAAUUUUGAUGCUGCACGUAUUGCCAGUUUAAUUAUGUAAUAUGUUUUACCCCCUACACCACUUUCAAUAACUUUGUAGAAUGUAUGCCAAAUAGAAUCAAAUGCUUUUUGGAAGUCGAAAAAGAAAGCGUACAUUUUGGUAUUAUUUUGGUGGACAUGUUUAUCUGUCAGGGUGUGUAGGGUGUAAAUAUGAUUGGCCGUGCGAUGUUUUGGUAUAAAUCCAAUUUGGCUUUUACUCAAGACAUUGUGCUUAUUAAAGAAGUUUAGAACUCUUACAUUUAUAAUACUACAGAAAACCUUCCCCAGGUUACUGUUCACACAAAUGGCUCUGUAAUUGUUAGGGUCAAAUUUGUCUCCGUUUUUAAAGAUUGGGGUUAUGAGUCCUUGAUUCCAGAUGUCAGGGAAAUAACCUACACUCAGGAUCAAUAUAGCCAAUUGACAUUUUGCACUAGUGAAUUUGAGCAUCUCAUUUAGGAUGCCAUCAGGUCCACAUGCUUUUUUAAAUUUGAGGGCCUGAAGUUUCUUAUAGAGCUCCUGGUCAGUUAUUGGGGAGUCCAAUGGUUUUUGAUUGUCCUUUAUAGCUUUUUUUAAUCCAUUCAACUGCUCAUGAAUUUGGCAUUGUUCUGCGUUUGUGUCAAUUUGAACGGUAUUGUAGAGUGUUUUAAAAUGGGUUGUCCAUAUGUCACCAUUUUGUAUCGCUAAUUCCUCUUGUUUAAAUUUUUUUCAAUUUUGCCAGAAGUUGUUUGUGGACUCCUCAAUUAGUGUCAGCUUCUUGCUGUUGUACUGUGCUUUUUUGGUUCUGAGUGUACGUUUAUAGAGUUUUAAAGUCUCACAGUAAUGAAGGCGUAAUUCACCAUUAUUUUGGUCUCUGUGCUUUUGGUUUUGUAGUGUUCUAAGUUUUUUAUAAUUUUACAAUCUGCAUCAAACCAGUUGUCAUCUGUGAUCUUUUUUGUUUUGUUUUUUAUGAAUGUCAGUUGUGCUUCUUUUGCCGUUUGCCUGAAUAUAUAGUUUAUGUUCUUUACUGUUAGAUUGAUGUCUUCUUUACUGUGAGUGAAUGUGGUAUCCAGAACGUUAUCUACAAGUGUUUGCUUUCUGGUAUUCUUCUGUGCUGUUUUGGGCCCAUCUGUAUGAAUUUCUGAUGUUGUACAGCUUACUGGGCUGUGAAUAUGUGGUUGUUUCCAUGUCUGUUCUUUUGAGGAACAACAUAAUUUGGCUGUGAUCAGACAGAGGUGUUAGUGACUUGACGGUGAAUGAGCUGAGAGAGAAAGGGUCAAUGUCUGUAAUCAUAUACAUUUACAUUUUGCAGACGCUCUUAUCCAGAGCGACUUACAGUUAGUGAGUGCGAACCCACAACCCUGGCGUUGCAAACGCCAUGCUCUACCAACUAAGGUACAUCCCUGCCGGCCAUUCCCUCCCCUACUCUGGACGAUGCUGGGCCAAUUGUGCACCGCCCCAUGGGUCUCCCGGUCGCGGCCGGCUACAACAGAGACUGGAUUCGAACCAGGAUCUCUAGUGGCACAGCUAACACUGCGAUGCAGUGCCUUAGACCACUGUGCCACUCGGGAGACUACUGUGAGCAAUAGGUGAAUCUCCCCAAAGAGUCCACCGUAACCUACCAUUGACAAAGUACAAACCCAGGCUAUUGUCUCUCUCUCUCUCUCUCUCUCUCUCGCUCUCUCUCGCUCUUAUUUUUAUAUAUUUCUCUCUCUCUCACUCUCUCUUUCUUUUUCUCUCACUCUCUCCUUCUCCCUCUCACUCCUCUCCCUCUCUCCCCUCAUGCCUGUGAUUAGAACUAUCUUCAUCUACAUUCAUCUUCAUUCUCCUCUGUUCCCCUCCCAAGAAUUAUAUUAGAACCCACCCGGAGCCAAAGAUAGAACACAUGCACGUGAGCACACACACACACACCGAAUGAGUGAAAAAUGUUUCUCUAAAGCUCCCUGUAUGUCAGCGACACCAGAGAUAUAAGAUAUAAUAUGAGUCUAGGAAUGUUCUGCUUUUCUAAGAAUGGACAGGCAGAAAAUCCAUCAUGUAUAGUCAACAGUGCAUUCUUAGAAAAAAGUGUUCCAAAAUGGUUCUUUGGCUGUUCCCAUAGGAGAACCCUUUUUGGUUCCAGGUAUAACUCUUUUGGGUUCCAUGUAAAGCCCUCUGUGUACAGGGUUCUACAUGGAACUCAAAAGGGUUCUACUUGGAACCAAAAAGGGUUCUUCAAAGGAUUCUCCUAAGGGGACAGCCAAAUAACUAUUUUAGGUUCUAGAUAGCACUUUUUUUUUCUAAGAGUGUACUCUCUGUGUGGAUGAUGGGCAAUGUGAAGUGUAAUAAACAUAGGUAUUGUGGUAUUUUAUCUGUUUAUGUAUCUUAAGCAUGGUGACCUGAUAAGAUAAACUGAAAUACACUAUCAAAUACAUUGUUAACAUGCUGUUUAUACAGUAUAUUAGGCUGAAAUGUUACCCCAACUAGUUCUAAUCUGUCAGUUUAGCUACAUUUGUAUUAGAGGAUCCCACGGUAUUGGCAGAACAGAAUUGCCACAUACACUCUAGAGUCUUCGGAUGAUAGUUUGUCUAAAAUAAUAUUUACUGCGGGCUGAACUAACUUUUUAGUGUACAAUGUACACUGCAGGGUGCAGCUUGCUAGUUAGACCAGUUGAAGUCUUGAGCUCCCCAACCAUUAAUGCCAUGGCUUUUAUAUACCAUGGCCAUGUCGUUGUAAAUAUAGUAUGGUAUUGUAUACCGGAGUGGACCAGUACAUGCUAUAUGUUUAUGUUUAUGUUUGUUUACAAACUGGCACUUUCAAUUUUGAAUAGAUGCAGCAAUCUCAUAAAUAAUCGCAAUUCUAUGUAACGCUAACAUAUAGAAUUAUUAUUUCCUUCAUGCUUAACUGAAGGCCUGCUUGGAGCCAGUGGUGUGCAUGAGGUUAUAUAUCUAUGUAUGCAUGUGAACCUUCUUUAGGGAUGUUUAGCUACCUUGUGUGUGUGUGUGUGUGUGUGUGUGCGCGUGCCAUGCCUGUAUAUGUGUGUGUGUGUGCAUUCAUGUGUCCGUGCGUGCCUACAUACAUCGGUGUGUGAGUAUGAGUGAGCGAGCAAUAUUCUUUCCUGUGUGAAUGCUGAGGUAGCAGAGGCGUGAAGCGAGGGAAAUCACAGAGGCAUAGUUUCAAUCUCUCUUUAUUUCCGUCUCCUACUCUCUCUCUCUCUCCCACACUCCCUCUCCCACUCUCCUACGCUCCCUCUCCAUCUCAUUCUCUAUUUCUCUCCCUCUCCUACCUUUCCUUUCACCCUCUCUGCACUUUUUCACUCUCUUAAUUCCCCCCCCACACACUCUCUCUCUCUCUUUAUAUCUUCUUCCUCUCACCUAUUUUGUUGCAGAAACAAUGAGGUCCUGACACGUUAAUCAGUUUAUAUUACCUCUGCCCGACACUCUAUCUCUACUUUCUCUCAAUGCCUCUUUCUCGUCCCUCCCCCCACCCCCACACUCUUUAUCCCAAUGUGAUUAUCAGUUCUUAUUUCCUUUUGUCAGGCAGACAGAAGCAGGGUAGCUGUGGCUAUAGUGUACCAGGACCAGGGGUGA